AUGCACGAGUACAACUUCAAGAUUCCGGAGAGUUUUAACAAAAAGCCCGAGGAUUUGUUCACAAGAAAUCAUGAAGGUCCAGCUGAGGGAUCGGUCAUCAAUCAACUACAAGAACUGAUUGGACAAUAUUGCAAAGAUGACUACGAAAAGUAUCAACUAUUGGACACUCGCGAUAAGCUUCUUUGCAAUUUGAGAACGAUCUCGCCCGCUCGAUUUGGUCGAACUGGAACGUGUCCUGAUUUGUGUCCCGAGAAAGAACGCUAUGUUCGAAUCGUUCAGAAGCGCUUAUCAAUUUACGAAUGUGAUCAAUAUGGAAAACUUAUCCCGCCAAAAGCCGUCAAAGAAUAUGCCCGCAGUGCUGCUGACCAAGAGCGUCCUCUUCCGCAUGAACUUCGGGAUGGACAAAUCCUUGAAAAGUCGAUGGAAUAUCUUCUAACAACGGUUGUCGAUUCGAACCCAAGGCCCGACCAGUUGACAUCAUGGUACGACUUUCUCUGGUCUCGCACACGCGCAAUUCGAAAAGAAAUAACACAGCAAAUGAUGGUCGAGCCAAAGUCUGUUUCCAUUGUACAAAGAUGUGCUCGUUUCCAUAUUUUUGCUUCCUACGCGUUAUGUACUUUAGAAAUGGGUGAAUUCAAUCAAAAUAUGAAUACAGAAAAUAUUGGAAAAAGUCUACAGACUUUACGACACUUGUAUGAAGAUCUCGCAAAACGAGGAAUCGGAUGUCGAGAAGAGGCCGAGUUUCGAAGUUAUGACAUCAUGAUGCAUUUAGAUGAUACAAAUACAACAAACCAGGCGUUAUCGUACCGAAAAGAAGUCCGCGAAAGUGAACACGUUCGUCUUGCUCUUCAAUUAGCAACCUCUUUACAAAAUGGGAAUUAUGCCAGGUUCUUUCGUCUCUUGAAAACACGAGCUUCUUUUCUCCAGAUUUGUGCCUGCCAUCGAUACUUUGAUCGGGUACGUGCAAAUGCCUAUCGAGUGAUGGUGAAAGCAUAUGGGCGCAAUAAUAAUCCAUUGGAAGCUGAACGGGUCGCCAAUAUGCUCGGGUUUGACGAUGUUGCUCAAUUGGCGGCCAACGCUGGGGCAUAUGGAUUGCGAUGUGAUGUCGAUGGACUGGAUCCUGCUCGAGACACGUACCUUGGAAGGCCUGAAGAAACGCCUCCAUUAAAACUUUACGCUUGGAUUGACGCAAAAAUGCAAGGUGCUCAACUGAGUCAAAUUCUAACCGCUGGUGCUAUGUUGUGUGUUCCUUCACUUGACGCGGUAAUCGACUCUUUUGAUGAAGAAGGACACUAUGUAAAAGAUCCAGUUCUUGCUAGUUAUGUAAACAUGGAGACUGUUCCCAAACCGAAGAUUCAACCACGACCACCAAAGAAUUCCACCCCCGAUCUACCAAAGUUCGUCUUCAACACGGCGCAACCAAUCGAGCGAAAGAUUGCCCAAUGGAGUUCACUCGAAAGACGCAAAAAUAGGCUGGCCAAUGUUUGCAACGAAUUCUUUCUACUAGAUGCUAAACAACUUGUUGAACAAUCGAUAAAUGUCAGCGUUUCCAAGGAGUUAUCAACUUCAUUAACACAAAAAGCAACACAAGAAUCAAGUGUGAUACAUGCAGCUCUAUCUCGACAAAUCUUGGAAGGAAAUUUGAAACGAGAAAAGGAGGAAAAAAAAGAAGCACUACGAAAUGAAGCGAGAACUCUUUUGCCAAGAAUGUUCGAGGAAAAGCUCAAAACGGAGGUCGACAAGCAAAUCAUGAUUAUCUUCAAGCAAAUCUUUUGCGCCGCGUUAAAGGACGCUCAGUUAGAAUAUGAAAAACAGCUUUUCAACAAAAUUUGGAAGCAUCAUCUGCUGGAAAUUAUCGAUGGCAAGACAAAAGAAAUUUCGGCUAAAGUGCUUGACGAAACGAGGGCUUCGCAAGCUGCUAUCAUUGAUGGAAUUGGACAACGUCUUCGUCUUCUAUGGCUGCGACAAUUUUGGGAUCAAUGGCGUCGCAUUGUUGAGGCUCGACGAAUGAAAAGAGAAUAUUAUCGGAAAAUUAUGAAUGAAUGGCGUCCGAGUAGACUUGAAUAUAUUUCAAAGGGGAAACCCCAAGAAACAUCAAAAUCUGCCAUUUACUCUUCGUGGCGACGAUAUUCGGAUGGAAAUGAUUUCUUCAAGGAGCAAAAAAGGAAACGAUGGAUGAUUUCAAAAUACUUUCACCGAUGGAGAUUGAAUGCACAGAGAUUAGCGGCACGAAGAAGAAUAAUUGAAGGUUUCAUUUCGCGGAAACGGCAUGGCCCAUCCGCAAACGAGUCUUCGUCGGGUUUCGUUGUGAUACACUUAUGUUUGCUA